ACUACAUGUCUUGUAGUAGUGAGAUAGUUGAAAAUGUAUAUGGUGGAGAGCAAGGGAGGCGCAAUUGGAUGCAUGCUCUUGGCUCUUUUGUUCUUGGGGACAUGGCCUGCAGUUUUGACUCUGUUAGAAAGGCGAGGUCGUCUUCCUCAGCAUACUUAUCUUGAUUACUCAAUUACCAAUCUCUUAGCUGCUGUUCUCAUUGCUUUCACCUUUGGUCAGAUUGGCACUGAUGAGCCUAACUUCUUAUCUCAGAUUUCUCAGGAUAACUUCCCCUCUGUUCUGUUUGCCAUGGCGGGUGGGGUGGUCCUCAGCAUCGGAAAUCUGUCUACACAAUAUGCUUGGCCUUUUGUUGGAUUAUCAGUAGUAACAGUGGUUGCUGCAAGCAUAACUGUUGUUAUAGGAACAACCUUGAAUUACUUUUUGGAUGACAAAAUUAAUAAAGCUGAGAUUCUUUUCCCUGGAGUUGGGUGCUUUUUGAUUGCUGUUUGUCUUGGAUCUGCUGUUCAUUCAUCUAACACUGCUGAUAAUAAGGCCAAGCUUGAAAUUUUUUCAAACGAGGCAGCUCAGGGAAAUUGUUUAUCCACAUUGAAAGGAACAAGUGAAGUUGAUUCAAAAGAUCCAGAGAAAGGAAAUGAUUCUGCAUACAAGGCCAAAGCAGGAACUGCAGUUUUUCUUAUAGAGCUUGAGAAAAGAAGAUCCAUUAAGGUAUUUGGGAAGGGUACUUUGGUGGGAUUGGCUAUAACUUUCUUUUCUGGAAUUUGCUUCUCCUUAUUCUCACCAGCAUUCAAUUUGGCAACAAAUGACCAGUGGCACACUUUAAAGAAAGGGGUUCCCCAUUUGAGUGUUUACACUGCCUUCUUUUACUUUUCGGUCUCUUGUUUUGUUGUUGCCAUCAUUCUAAACAUCACCUUCCUCUACCAACCUCUCUUUAACUUACCUAAGUCAUCACUGAAGGCUUAUUUGAGAGACUGGAAUGGCAGAGGUUGGGCUCUUUUGGCUGGUCUCCUUUGUGGGUUUGGAAAUGGCCUUCAAUUUAUGGGAGGUCAAGCUGCAGGAUAUGCAGCAGCAGAUGCUGUUCAAGCACUACCACUUGUGACGACAUUUUGGGGUGUUGUUUUGUUUGGAGAGUACCGCAAAUCAUCAAGGAAGACAUACAUACUGCUUGGUAGCAUGUUGCUUAUGUUUAUUGCAGCUGUUGCUGUACUCAUAGCAUCAUCAGGGCAUCGAAAAUGAUCACUUAGGUGGAGAGAAAAUGUUCACAAAGAUUAAAAGGUACUGAAGGUGAAAGGAAAAACGCAUAUGAUCAUUGUUAGAGAUGUAAAAUAUGCGCAAACAUGUAAGUUUCAAUCGCAGAAGAUUGUACACUGAAAAAGAAACAAAAAUGCAGCAACAUUCACUUUUACAAAUUGUCAAAUUGUCUCAACUGCAGCAACAACUUUCACCUUAUAUCCAACAAGUUUCACACCA